GCCGGAGGCCGACGCCGAGGCUGUCCCCCUGGCGGCGGCGUGGUAUGUGCGGGCGGCGGCGGCGGCGGGAUGGCCUCGGCCGUGUUUGAGGGCACCUCGCUGGUGAAUAUGUUUGUGCGGGGCUGCUGGGUGAACGGCAUCCGGAGGCUGAUCAUCAACCGGCGCGGGGACGAGGAGGAGUUCUUCGAGAUCCGCACCGAGUGGUCGGACCGGAACGUCCUCUACUUGCACCGCAGCUACUCGGACCUGGGCCGCCUCUUCAAGCGCCUGCUCGACUCCUUCCCGGAGGAUCGCCCCGAGCUGUCACAGUCCCCCUUGCUCCAAGGGCUUAUCACAAUUAAAGAGUCCCAUGACAUAGAAGCCAGGCUUAAUGAAGUAGAGAAGCUUCUCAAGAAUAUUAUAAAUAUGCCUUGGAAGUACUCUAGAUCUGAAGUUGUCCUCACCUUCUUUGAAAGAUCACCGUUAGAUCAGGUGUUAAAAAAUGACAAUGUCCAUAAAAUUCAACCAAGUUUUCAAAGUCCAGUCAAAAUAUCAGAAAUCAUGCGAUCGAACGGAUUUUGUUUAGCCAAUACUGAAACAAUAGUUAUUGAUCACAGUAUACCAAAUGGAAAAGAAAAGCACUUGGAUGUUGAUUCAGCAGAACAUUUGUUUGAGAACGUUAGCGAGUUUACCCCUGAGCUCGAGGACAGCGAUGACCCAGCCGCUUACGUCACCAACUUGUCCUACUACCACCUGGUCCCAUUUGAAACGGAUAUUUUGGACUGAGUCCGUACGAACAGACUUCCUGGCCGAGAUCAAGCGGGCGCCUUUCCCCAUGACAUUUCCCGCCCCAUCACUUCGCACGUGUGAGGCAUGCUUGAGGUGUGUCAUGCCAGGCCGAAAAGGGCUAGCUGCAAAAAUAGAUCUUGAAGCAGAUAGCAAAGGCUUGGAUCUUCACUGUGGCCCAUGGAAGCACCUUGCAAGGAGGUGAGCUCUCUCCUAAGGGACAAAGAGACUCCAUUUUGCCCAAAGGAAUGGAGCAAGCGGGUUCCGGGCUAGACAGGCUCAAAGAAAUCUACCAUGCAGCGGCAUUGACAAAACACUGGCAGUGGAAAAAUCAGUGCCACCCGUUGUACAGGGAAACUUGCAAAGGCCAUCCACGUUUCAUUUCCCUCCAGCCAUCAUGAUAUUUUUUAACCGUUUGCAUUGAAAGGCCUCCUGUGUUCAGACACCAGUUUGCUUUUUUCCUUAUUCCUCAGAGUGACAGCUUAUAACAACUGCCAAGGUUGUUUGUUCAUUGAGAGAUAUCAGAGUCACUGAUGCCUUAUGUCAUGUGUGCCUAACAGGAAAUAAGCACAUAAAGGGACUGCUUAAUUUAACUUAUAAGCCUGAGGUUUUAUUUAAGCGUUUAAGGGCCUGUCUUUCUCACUUGAAAUAAUAAUAAUAAUAAUUAAUAGUAAUAAUAGUAAAAACAACAGAGGAAACAAGGAAGUUACAUCCUAAGAAAGGGAAACCCCAUUAUUUUAAGUACUCUGAAUUUCUGAGGGUUCUGCUAGAAAUGUCAUUAUGCGUUUUUCCCCUCCAGGACCAGGAAAUGUUUGCAGUUCUCAGUAUUACAGUGUUUACAUUAGAGAGUUACAUACCUUUAUGUCACUUGGUUCACGUAGGGGCUGGAACAACUGGUUUUUGCCACAAAGAAGCAGUCUGAAAUGGUGAAUGUCCCCACAUCUCUCCCCUUGAGAGAUGGCUGACUGGAGAAUGCUGGGAGUUGGAGGACUUUUUUUCAGUCUGAACAGGCAUAGGAUUGUGCCCCAAGGAACACAAAGAGGGGAUUCACAGCACGAUUGUGCUGAUCCAUGUACUAAGGUAAAUCUUCAUGUUAUGACUGGGACAGGGAUCACGCACCAGGGGAAGGUUGUUUUCAGAGGCAAACCAAUGGCUGCUGCAGCAUGUGCUCAACUUCUGAGGUAAAUCCGAUUUUGCAUAAGAGGGUUUCAUAGCCACACAAUAUCAACAUCAGUACAGUAGGGAAUAAGGAGAGCGUGCCUGCCUGCUAAAUUUGGAAUGUGGCAGAAUUCCCUUUAUGGUCCAUUUACUCAGAAAUAAGCUUCAGACAUGCCCAUGUGCUCAUAUAAAGCUAUAUUCUAUCACAGAGGUCCCCAUCACAGGGCCAGUGGGUGCCGCGGCACCCUCAGGGACUUCCACCGGCACCCACAAAGCUCUCCACUCCCUGCCCCCUUCUAAAAUGCCGCUGACCAGCUGUUCAGUGGCCUGGAAGAGAAUGAAAGGGUUGCUUCCUGGCCCCACCCAAUUUUCUUCAGUCCACACUGACUUUCCCCCUUUGCUCGCUCUCUGUCUCUUCACUCCCAGCCUCUAGCCUAGCUAUUUCUUUCCACUCAGCUCAUUUCCUCACUAUUUCUCUCUUUUCCCAGGCCUAGACCCCAGCCUUGCUCUUUCUCUCCCACUCACUUCUUUAUCUUACUGUUUCUCUCCGCUCCCAUUCUCUAGCCUCACUAUUUCUCCCCACACCUCUUUUUCUCGCUGCUUCUCCCCCCUAGCCUCCAGCCACACUCUUUCUCUCUCCUCUACCCCCUUUGCCUUGUUAUUUCCGCCUUUCUCCCAGCUUCUAGCCUUGCUAUUUCACCCCCAUCUCUUUUGACUAGUCAGGCCCACACAGCAGUCAAUAUGUGACUACGCCAUAUCCUCCAUGGGAGCCAUUUUGUGUUGGUGCCCACAGCAGUUUCUCAAAUUCCCAAAUAUGUGCGUGGGUCCAAAAACUUUGGGGACUACUGUUUUAUCAUGUUCCUUCACCCCACCUGACCCUGCAUCCUGAAGAAACCACUUCACCAGCUCACUUAUUCCUCCUCCCCUGCUUAAUUUCUAGUGUUGAUUGAAACAGCACCCCUGUUCUUUUAAAAGCUGGCCAGCAGGUAGAGCAACUUUCCCCAACCUGCUGCCCUCUGGAUGUUUUGGACUUCAUCAGUUCCAGCCAUCAAGGGAUUCUGGGAGUGGUAGUCCAGAUCAUCUAGAGGGCAGCAGGUUGGAGAAGACUGAGGUAGAGGUUUGCAUAGUGUGGCUUCUUUCCCCAGGAGGAGCUAUACUUCCCUUAAAAGUCCAUGGCCAGAUCUACACCAAGCAGGAUUCAACACAUCGAAAGUGGCUUGAAAAUGGUAUAUGGAAUGUGUCGUGGGCCCCAACACUUAUCAAUACCAUUAUAAACUGUUAUAAAAUUGUGUAGUUCCUGCCUAUGAUACCUGCAGCUCUUAGCUCAAAGGUGGACAACUUGUGGCCUUCCAUAUGUUUUUGGACUGUAGGUCCCAUCAUCCCGCACCAUUGGUUAUGCUGGCUAGGGUGGAUGGAAUUGCAGUCCUGACAAUACUGGUUUUCAAACUUCUUUUCUCCUAGUCAGGUGGCCUCUGACUAGGAGAAAAGAAUGAGUAGCUUUUGCACUCCAUGAAGAAAGUGGUUCAGGGACAAGAUCAUAGAAUAA